CAUUAAACGAUCAAUUAUUAGAAAAAGUAACUGUACAAAUGGAUGGAUCAACUGAAGGUGUUGAAGUUGUUCAUUAUACUCCAUAUUCAUUAAAAAAAUGUAAUGAUAUGGAUACAACAUAUACAUUAGUUAAAUUACCUGAUGAUUCAUCAGCUGUUACUGGUACAUUAUCAUGUACAAUGAAAUAUACAGUUAAAGAUUGUGAUCCAGCGACAGGUGAACCAGAUAAUGAAGAAGUAACAGUUAGUGUUCAUGUACAAAAAGUACUUAAACUAAAUUGGUCUGUUUCAUGGAAAGAAAUUAGUAAUGAAAAUGAACUUGAAGACAGAUAUAUAUCAUCAAUGCCAACACUUAAAGAUGCGACAUCAUCAGAUCCUGGAACAACAGCUAUUACAAUGCAAUUGACAAUAUGUUCAACUGAUCAAUCAGUUGUACAAGUUAUUGCAUUAGCAAUUGAAGAAACAUUUACUUAUUUCUAUUAA